CUUCUGAGACAGCGUUAAUUUAACUGUAGUUCAUUGUGCUAGAAAGUAAGCAUUUCACUGUACUAGUGUCACCACACAACAACAGAGUGUUAACAGGAAGUCUGCAUCUCAAAUUGCACCGUAGUCCCUAUAUAGGGCUCUACUUUGGACCACAACCCACAGGAAUAGGGUGCCAUUUGGGACGCAGGAGUAGAGGGGUGGGUAUCUGUAUCUGCAAGGACGGGGUGAGAAUUACAGGGAGGAGAAACGCAGAAUCAGAGGAAGCCAAGAUGAAGUUUGUCAGCCUGAUUGUGAUGAUGUCACUACUUGGGACAAAAAUGGCUUUGACAUUCCACAGAAGUACCGGUGGCGAUGAUGCUCCAGUGUUUCUCCAGGAUGAGACUGCAGCGUGUGACAUGCCCAAAGCCUGUGACCUGAAGAAUUAUGAAGACUGGUACAGGCUGGGCUCCUACUGCAUCAAGUACUUCAAGGCUGCCCUCAACUUCACCGAAGCGGAGACACAGUGCAGGUCUGCUGCCCCCGGUGGCCACCUGGUGUCGGUGCAUAACAGUCAAGCCAACGCCAACCUGUUUUGCGUGGUGAUGAAGAACAACGCCAAAAGCCCUCGCAUCUGGCUGGGAGGCUUCGAACUCUUCAAGUCUGGUAAGUUUGUGUGGACUGACGGCUCCAGUUGGAACUUUGAAGCGUGGACCCCUGGGGAGCCCAUCUCCCGCUGGACGAGCCGCGAGGACUGUGUGGAGAUGAACUGGAGCAAAAUUGGGAAAUGGAACGACCACACGUGUUUCACCAAGAAGAGCUACGUGUGCUCCUUCAAGAACAGAGUUUGAGGACGAAUAUCCACGCUCACAUACUUAGUAUGAAGCAGCAAUGUACUGGGCAUGCUUUCUCCAGUGGUGUGUUGGUAUAGACUGUGUGUCUGUCUGUGUAACACCAACCCAGUCCCCUUGCUCCUCUCUCUUGGGUUGUGACCGAAAUGACACCGGUUCCCUAUAGAGUGCACUACUUUGACCAGAGCCCCACGGGCCCCCUGGUCAAAGUAGUGCACUAUAAAGGAUAGGGUGUCAUUUUGGACUCAUCCUGCUCCUUUCCGCAAUGACCCCAACUCACAGAUCUCCCACGGUGAAACCAAACCACAUAGAGAUGUGCCUGCUUUUAGCAAACUGAAAAAUGCAUAAAAAAAUAUAUAUAAAU